UUUAUUUUUAAUUCAAUGACAGAAACUAACCUUAUUUUAAACCACUGAAUGUUCGUUUUUUGUUCUUAUAAAUUCAUAUAUUUUGUAAUUAUUGAAUAAUUGACAUAUGUUUAUAUUAUAAAAGUGUUAACAAGUGAUUGAUAAAAUGCAAUUUAUCCAGCAUUUAUAAUGGAAUUGAAAUAAUUGAAAUGUCUAAGAUUUCAAAUGGAAUAGAACAAAAAAAAUAGUGAAUUUAGUUGAAAAUGAUAAAUAUUUUAAAAAAUUUGAAAUGAUAAUGUCUUCCACUUCUAUAAUGAACAAAGAAGAAUACACCAGUACAUGCGGUGGGAGUAAUUCAAAAAAUAAAUGGGAAUGCCUUAAGAAAUGGAUUCACUGCAUAUGUGUUGUGGCAUUUGAUCUCGAACUAGGACAGGCAAUUGAGGCUAUUUAUCCGCCUCAUAUUAAACUUUCUGAACAAGAAAGAUCAAAUGUUUGCUAUUUGGCAUUUCCUGAUUCAAAUUCAGGAUGUAUGGGCGAUACUCAAUAUCACGUAAGAAUUAGACAAAGUGGAAAUAAUUCACAGGAGAAUUCCACUUUAAAAAAUUAUGAUAAAAAUGCUCCAAUAUUUUUACGCUCUGACGCUUAUCAUUAUUGGGGCUAUGUUUAUUUUCGUCAAGUUAAAGAUAGAACACUGCCAAGAGGAUACUUUCAAAAAAGUGUUAUAGUGAUAUCAAAGCUUCCAUUUGUAAAUUUUUUCACUGAAGUAGUUGCGUUAAUAGCUCCUAAAUUUUUUGAAAUGGGAAAUAGUGCAAUGGAGGCAAUUGUUAAUGAAAUUGCCAAUUGGCCGUCUCCAGUUCCUGGCGAUGUUAUUAAUUUACCUCUUAUGGGUGUUUUAUUUCAAACUUAUAUUCCAAAUCAUUAUCGUAAAUUAUCAGUGUCUGAUGUGGCAUCAAAUUCUACUAAUCCACGUAAAGAAUCGGAUAGACUACUUGUUUUAACUUCAGUGUAUGAAGAUAAUAUUUUUCAAAGUCUAGCCGUUGUUGUUACUCAUAUUCAUUUAUUGUGGGAACUUGUUUUAUUGGCUGAACCAAUUGUUGUUAUGGCCUCGUCUCCUACAAUGUGCUCAAAAAUGGUUCAGGCUCUAACAGCAAUGAUAACUCCAUUAAAAUAUAAUGCUGAUCAUAGACCAUAUUUUACAAUUCAUGACUCUGAAUUUAAAGAAUAUACAACUGACACACAAAAUCCACCAGCUGUUAUUCUUGGUGUUACGAAUCCUUUUUUUGCCAAAACACUACAGCAUUGGCCUCAUAUUGUUCGAAUUAAUGAUACCGAAUAUUCUGAAAAUUUUAAACACAGAAUAAAAAAGUCUGAGAACCUGAAAAUACUCGAUUCAAAGCCAGGUGUUUAUACCGAGUACAAGCCAUUUUUGCAAAAGGAUAAAGCAAUUAUCAAAAAAUUACUUAGGGGAAUACAGACAAAAAGACCGGGUGAGGCUCAAACAAUUCUUCUAAGACGACAUUUAAUUGAACUUACUGAAAGUUUUAUGAUUCCCCUUGAGAGAUAUAUUGCGAGUCUUAUGCCAUUGCAGAAAAAUAUUUCACCAUUUAAGGCAACACCAAUACCUAAUUUAUUUGAACAGGAGGAAUUUUUAUCUACAUUAAGUAGUUCUGGUCCUCAAUUGACUAGCGGUAUCAAGGGAGAUUGGGUGGGACUCUAUCGACGUUUCUUUAAAUCUCCAAAUUUCUCUGGAUGGUUUCAUACGAGAUAUGCGGAAUUGUCACAAAAAAUUGAGGCAAUUCAUCUUGAAACACUUUCCCAGGCGGAUUUAACAACAUGGGUUCAAGGUAAACAAGAAGUUGAAUUAGUCGAUAUGAUUCUACGAAUUAGACAAAAACUUCAAAAAAGCCAUGAAUAUGAUGUACCUGUAGGACAUUCCGUUCAAGACAUGUUGCGAGAGAGAAUAAAUGACAUUACGCGUACACUGCCCGAUGAUUUGAAAAUAAUUCUCAAUCACAAUUCUUGACAUUUCAGUAAAAAUUUACUUUUUUCUAUUAUAUUAUCUUAACCCAAUUUAUCAUUUAGAAAAAAAGAAUUUUUAUCCUUCACAAUAUAAGUGAAUCUUAGAAAAUUUUAGAGAAUUUUUGGAAAAGGAUUCUUUUUUAAUUUAUUUUUUUUACUCUUUUUAAGCUUCCUCUUUUUUUUUUAAUUUUUAGAACGUGUGUGUGAUAAAUUUCUAAUAUUUUGAUGAAUUUACAUAAUUUUAAAAGAAUUUUGAUAGUUGGGAAAUGGGAUUAGCAAUUUUUUAAAAAAAUACUCUACUCUUAUUUAAGAGGUAAGAUUAUAAGUCAUUUACUCAUUUUUUUAAAAAAAGUUGUUUAUUCAACUUAUUCAUUUAAAACUGCACCUUGGGUUCUUCCAUAUAAAAUAAUGAUAAUAAUAAUAAUAAUAAUAAUAAUGUAAAAAUUGUAAAAAAAAGGUUGUGAAAAACUUUUGUUACUAGGAGAUUAGUUCAAUAUAGAGUGAAGCUUCUCUUUAAAAAUCAGCUCUAAAAUGCAGUAUUUAUCUAUUAGGUAACUUGAUAAAAACGUAAUAUUUUUUACGUAAGUUGCUAAAUUAAAAUUAAUUGUAUAAAUGAAUCUCAAUGUUAGUUAUAAAUUGUAUGGCAAGUAGAUUUUAAAUUUAAAAAAAAAGUUUCUGUACAUAUAUUUGUACGCGGUUCAACGUUUCAUAUUAUUUUGUCCAUAAAUUAUUGUAAAAUGUCAUAAAUCAAGGGGAAAAAGUAUAUCAUCUAUCGUUAAAAAUCUUUCUUUAUGGAAAGUAAUAUUUAGAAUUUAAGUGUCAAUUUCUGUAUUUGUUAACAAAUAUAUUUUUCAUAAAAAUUAUUGUAUAAAUACAUAUAUAUAUAUAUUGUAUAAAAUUUAAAUUAAUAUAAAAGAGCAACAAUCAUUGGAAUCAAAUUUUUA